AUGGUUUUUGAUGGAAAACGAAUGAGAAAAGCAAUCCAACGACGAACAGUAGAUUAUAAUCACAGCAUAGCACGAUGGAUGCAGGAACGCGUGUGGAUACGUGACCGAAGAGAUAUUCGAUACCUGAGACCAGAUGAUAACUUUGUGGUGGGCCUACUGGCGCCAGCAGGCUAUCUCGAUCAUCCUGUCAAUGCAGUAACCACCAAGUUUGUUCAUACUUCUACGAAUAAAGUCCGGUUUCCAGUUAAUGUAGUCCGGUGGACUCCCGAAGGACGUCGUUUGAUUACAGGCUCAUCUAGCGGUGAAUUCACCCUAUGGAACGGCUUGACUUUUAACUUUGAAACCAUACUACAGGCUCACGAUUCCGCAGUGCGUGCCAUGAAUUGGUCCCACAAUGACGACUGGAUGGUCACCGCAGACCACAGUGGUGUUAUCAAAUAUUGGCAAUCGAAUAUGAGCAAUCUACACAAGUUUACAGGUCAUAAUGAGGCCAUUAGAGAUCUAACAUUUGCACCAUCAGACACAAGAUUUGCUACCUGCUCAGACGAUUCACUCAUCAAGAUUUGGGAUUUCAAUACAAGCAAAGAAGAGAAAACCUUGACAGGUCACGGUUGGGAUGUAAAAUGUAUAGACUGGCAUCCCUACAAAGCACUCUUGGCUUCCGGAAGUAAAGACAAUCUAAUUAAAUUGUGGGAUCCAAAGACAGCCAAGAAUAUCACAACAUUGCAUGGACAUAAAAAUACUGUCUUAGCGCUCGAGUGGAAUCAGAAUGGCAACUGGCUUGUCACUGCAGGUAGAGAUCAACUGGUAAAAGUGUACGAUAUUCGUAUGAUGAAGGAAUUCCAGAUCUUCAGAGGCCAUAAGAAAGAAAUUUGCUCUGCCAAAUGGCAUCCUCAGCAUGAGCGACUUCUUGCUACUGGUGGUUCAGAUGGUUCAUUAAUGUUCUGGUUAACAGGACAAGAUGCACCAAUUGGAGAGCAAGAGUUGGCCCAUGAAAACCACAUCUGGUCCCUCGAUUGGCAUCCAGUAGGACACAUCCUAGUCUCUGGGUCCAACGACCACACAACUCGGUUCUGGACACGACCCAGACCUGGAGAAACGAACGAUGACAAAUUCGACUCUAGCCAACAUCGUAACGAUGAGCCAGAAAAGAAUGAAGAAGAAAGCAGAAGCUUUGCAGAACCACCUCCAUUUAGACCCCAUGGUGCGCCUGGGCCAAGUCGCAUUGAG